UGGGGUUCAGGUCGCGCUAUGGCUGCAGCGCUCCGGCCCCUCCGCGCCCUCAGCCRCGCCGCUGACCGCCGCCUGCACCUCAGCGCCGCCAGAGGGGACGCCGUGGUGAUCUCGGGGAGGAAGCUGGCCCGGCAGAUCCGGCAGGAAGCACGGCACGAGGUGGAGCAGUGGGUGGCAGCUGGCAACAGGAGACCCCACCUGAGCGUGGUGCUGGUYGGGGACAACCCUGCCAGCCACUCCUACGUCCUCAACAAAACCAAAGCAGCRGCUGAUGUGGGGAUCAGCAGCGAGACCAUCCUCAGGCCKGCCACCAUCACCGAGGACGAGCUGCUGGAUUUGAUCGGCAAACUCAACAACGACGCAGCCGUGGAUGGGCUCCUGGUCCAGCUGCCCCUGCCUGAGCACAUCGACGAGCGCAAGGUGUGCAACGCCGUCAGCCCCGACAAGGACGUGGACGGCUUCCAYGUCAUCAACGUGGGCCGCAUGUGCCUGGACCAGUACUCCAUGCUGCCUGCCACGCCCUGGGGU